UCAGUGCUUAGUAGCCAAAGAACAGCCAGGCUGAACAGUUAGAUAUACACACAGAGAGAGAAGGCGAAACACAGAAAAGAGAGCGAGAGAGCGUGCAUUACAGAGAGAUCAACAGAGCGGGACCGAGAGAGAGAGGGAGAUAGUAUGUAUCCAUUGCAAUUGCUAGCUGCUGCCUGGCUUAGCCUAGCCUGGCUAAGCAGCUGCCAAGGCUUUGGCCAGUUCCACAUGAAGCGCUAUCAGCUGCAGCGCGGCUACAAUCCCGACGACUCCAGCGAGAGUGACAACAGCGUGUUACGCUCCUACCGUCGCUGCAUGUGGGAGCAGUCAAAGUUCCUGCCGCGCCGGCUCGUUCUGCUCAGCCUCUGCUCGAACCUGUUCUGCGAGAACAAUCAGAUCAUGCCGCGCUCCAGGUCUAUUUUCGUAGUGGAAAAAAUGUCUAGACCGAACGACUGCCUGGACAUCCUGCCGGAGCAGUGCGAGCAGGGCGACGAGGAGGACCUCAUGUACAAGCCCUUCCCCGACUGCUGCCCCGUCUACUGCAAUCUGAAGCGGCGCAUGCAGCGCCUGCGGACAAUGCACUUCCGCCAUCGCAUAUUGCGCAACAUGCAGGACGCGUCCUCGUCCUCGUCCUCCUCCAGCGCCGACGGCAACACCCUGCUCAGCGAGAUGGGCUACAACAACUACUGAUGCCGGCCGCUGCUCAUCCACUUUGUCAACUCUGUGGCUAGGCGCAUAGGCUGAUUGCCAAUUGUGUUGCAGUGCUCCCUUCUGAUUGGAAUUCGGCUCUGCGGAUUGGAAUUCGGCUGUCGGCUCGCCUGUCUAGACGCAGCACUUGAAGUCUGGCCCAGAGCACAUACGUUUACUCUACUCUAUCGAAUACAAAUAUACCCUAACUAUCGUAUACCCAACAAGCAAGUCUUCAAUCAAGCUGUCAAUUAAUCGCUUAGUUGCCCCAGCUGAUGAUUGAUGUAAAUAAACUUUACCAAGCACUGUA